AUGCCCCAGUAUCCCAUCGCCAGCUGUAGCCAGAGGCAGAUGCUACCGGAAAAAAACAGUGUAAGAAAGAGGGCGAGCGCGCAGCAAAACGAAGAUAAUGAAGAAUUUUUGCCAACUGGAGAAACCUCCAUAGACUCCUACCCAAACUGGUUAAAAUUCCACAUUGGCAUUAAUCGGUACGAGUUGUAUUCCAGACAUAAUCCUGCAAUUGAGGCUUUACUACAAGACCUGGUCUCCCAAAAGAUAACCAGUGUUGCGAUGAAAUCAGGAGGCACCCAGCUGAAGCUGAUCAUGACAUUUCAGAACUAUGGACAAGCGUUGUUCAAACCAAUGAAACAAACCAGAGAACAAGAAACCCCGCCUGACUUUUUUUAUUUCUCAGACUAUGAGAGACAUAAUGCAGAAAUAGCAGCAUUUCAUUUGGACAGGAUCCUGGAUUUCCGUCGUGUGCCACCGGUUGCAGGUAGAUUGGUUAACAUGACGAGAGAAAUACGAGAUGUUACUCGUGACAAGAAACUGUGGAGAACAUUUUUCAUCUCACCAGCCAACAACAUCUGCUUCUACGGGGAGUGCUCCUACUACUGCUCGACUGAGCACGCCCUAUGUGGAAAACCGGAUCAGAUCGAAGGGUCUCUGGCUGCUUUCCUACCUGACUUGUCUUUAGCUAAAAGGAAAACCUGGAGAAACCCUUGGAGACGUUCCUACCACAAGCGCAAGAAAGCAGAAUGGGAAGUUGAUCCAGAUUACUGUGAAGAGGUUAAACAAACACCCCCAUAUGACAGUGGGACCAGAAUUCUGGAUAUAAUGGAUAUGACAGUUUUUGAUUUCCUAAUGGGUAACAUGGAUCGACAUCACUACGAAACCUUUGAGAAGUUUGGAAAUGAAACAUUUAUUAUCCACUUAGAUAAUGGAAGAGGGUUUGGAAAAUAUUCCCACGACGAACUUUCCAUAUUGGUGCCUUUAAACCAGUGCUGCAGAAUAAGGAAGUCUACCUAUCUGCGAUUACAGUUGUUAGCCAAGGAGGAAUACAAACUCAGUCUCUUGAUGAAGGAAUCUUUACUAAAAGAUAAAAUAGCUCCCAUUCUCUACCAGCCUCACUUGGAGGCGAUGGACAGGCGGCUGCGGAUUGUCCUCAAGGCUGUUAGUGACUGUAUAGAAAAGGAUGGUUAUGACAAUGUGGUUGAAAAUGACUUUAACACUGAUGUUAACUGUAUAUGCCACUUUGUGAAUUCAGUGAAUUCAGAAAUGAGAUAUAAUUGUUCCCAAAGUAGGUAA